AUGAAGACUGCGUUAUCAAGCACACUACGAGCGUGCUACGUGGCACUGCUACUGAGCACAGAAUGGGGUGCUUACGCCUCAGAAGUGAACAAUAACGACAGUGUUGUCAACGUGGAUGGACAUGAGCACGAUCUCGAUCGUGUCUCAAACGUUAACAUGAAUGUCACCAAGAGCAAAGAAAUGGUAGAAGUAGAUUGUGACGGUUUAGAGUGCGCAUUUGAUGUGGUAGAUGCCAGCAGAGGCAUCCCUUCCGUCUGGGCCCGAGGCCUCGUGACGACCGAAGUUGAUCCAAAGCUCAUCUUGCAGGAACAUGCGCGGGCUGCCAGCAGUUUACAAAAGAGCUUUAGGGGUGAGACGCUGGGCUACGUGACACCGUGGAACAGCCGAGGCUACGAUUGGGCAAAGCGUUUUCGCACCAAGUUCACGUAUAUCUCGCCCACAUGGCUGCAAUUGCGUGAAGACGAUGAUCAUGUACCGAUCAUCACAGGUACACACGAUAUUGACCAGCAGUGGGUUCAUGAUGUCAAAUAUGGGUCAAAAGGUGACCCACAUGAGGGAAAAGGCCCUGCGAUAGUACCUCGUGUUAUCUACGAGCGCAGUUAUUUCAAGCCAGAAGACUUUCCAGUGAUUCUGUACGAGCUGCUAUCGUUGAUGACUAAGCACGAUUUUGAUGGAAUCGUGUUUGAGAUUCCAGUGAUGCAAAAGACAUUAAGUAUGCUGCAACAAAUGGCUCGAGUCUUCCGAGCACAGGACAAGUUGCUGAUUCUUGUGUUACCCAAAAGUUCGAAUGAUGGCCAGAUGCCUGUGACGCAUGAGCUUUUUUCCAAGUUGGCGCCGUUAGUGCACCGCUUUACCAUGAAUGCGUACGAUUAUAAUAUUCCUGGGCCGACUGCGCCUUAUCAAUGGCUGAAGAAGACCCUAAAGAAGAUGUCGCCGAUGGAGCGGCAGAGGAUACUGAUGGGACUUCCGUUUUAUGGUUUUGAUAAUUCUGAGGUGCUAACGGGAAGUACUUACAUUCAAUUGUUGAAAGAUAACAAUAUCGACAGGAUUCGAUGGGAAACAAUUGCACAUGAGUGUCGACUCAUGCACACUCGCGCAGAAACGGGUAGUUUUCGUCUUGUUUUCUAUCCAUGUCUUCAAUUUCUGCAGGAUCGUUUGCAGCUCUACAAGGAAUAUGGUGUGGGGGUUGCGAUUUGGGAGCUAGGACAAGGACUCGACUACUUUUACGACCUCUUGUAA